ACUUUGCUCCAGCGUGUGAGGGAUGGGACCUACUUUGCAUGCCUCAGUUAAUGAGCUUAUCCUGUGCGAGCAGCUUGGACCGCCGCAGGAUCCUGUCGUAGUGGGCACCGGUUAGUGCUUCGUGGUCACAGAGGUGGACCACAGAGAAGGAGCCGAUGACGGAAGCAACUCUGCCGCAUGUUUGGUCUUUGGACUGUCUGCCGGCCAGCAGCACUGCAGCUCUCCUGCUCUCUCUCUCCUCCCCCCCUCCUCUGCUACCUGACUCUCUCGCUCCCUCUCCGUCCCAAAGCUCUGACAAACCGCUUUUCUAGCUGCAUCACGUCUUACGCAGCAGCUUCUCGCACCGCAUUCUUCCGCUACCUCCACUUUUUUUGGGGCCAAAAUGCAUCAGAAUCCGUGGAUCUUAAACUACCUCAGCCAUGUCAACCUUGGGAGCCAAGGACUCGGAAGUGGCCCAGCCGUGAAAGUCAGCCAUCGCAGGUUGCUACAGAGGAGAGCUUUUAGCUUCCACAAGGAAUUCUCCUUUGACGAAAAGGAAGACCUCGCCAAAACCACCAAGGAUAUUGAUGUCCGCCUGUUGGCCCACCUCCCAAAAGUCUCUGAACUGAGGAAGCGAUUUGAAGGCAUCACCACAAGCGUCAGUGACUGCGAUAUGAACAGAAAGGAGCGUAUUGCCCGGCGGCUGGAGGGCAUAGAGGGCGAUGUCCAUCCGACCUUGAUUCCAAGCCUGGUCUCCAACAGACUUCUGGAGGAGGACACGCCGCGCUACACCAGGGCCUCGGACGCCUGUGAGCCUUACAGUGUGACGGUCCAGCGGUUCGACAUGGAUGGUGACUCAGACAUGAAAGUGGCUCUCCCGGAAGAGUCCAGGACUCAGUACAAGGCCUCAUCUCACACAGAACCUGUCUCCAGUUCACGCUCAGGCGCACCAGAUAUGGAGUCUAAAGCCGCACGCAUAGCUCGCUACAAGGCGGAGCGGCGCCGACAACUCGCCGAGCGCUACGGCAUCUCCUUAGAUCAGGAGCCAGACCUGGAUUAUCCCUCGCAAUACAGCCGCGUCCGGAAAGAGUCGGAAGGUGUGGAGAGGCGUAACCGGAGGGAGGAGGUCACCCAGCCCUCUGUCACCAGCCCACGAGCAGCACGCGGCUUGUCGCAGCACAGCGACCCAGUGUUUGAAAAGACUCGGAUGAGAGCGGACUCCUUCACUGAGAGGGAGAGACUGAUGAACCUGGAGAACCAACGCAGAGCCGCCGUUCCCGAGUCGCCCUCUUCCUCCUCAUAUAUGGAUGUGACAUCAUCAUCCACCGGCUACAGCCGGCAGCCAGUGUCGGGGGUGCCACCCAGCUCCCCCAAAAUGAGCAGGAGUUCUUCCUUGUCUUCACCCAAACAUGGAGUCUCUCCAGGAGACCUUUUCAUCGAGCAGCAGGCCCACAACAUCCUCAGCAGGCAAGGCGCAAGGGGCAAACUGUGCUCCGAUUGGUUCCUGGAGACCGAUGCGGACGGUGACACACAGUCUCUUAUCAACUGGCCGUCAAGAAUCAAAGUUAGGGAGAGGCUAGCACGAGAGGGCGGUCGCCACAAAAGUCCCGAGCUGGAGGUGCCGCCUCACCACAGAAAACAUCACACCUCCACACACCAUCCGUCAGCCCAGCACGGCUGGUCUGGACCCUCGGGAGAACAGAGCGGGCUCUAUCUCUCCAUGGCCUCUGCUGCUCCAGCCAAGUCUGCUCCACAUCAACCUGAAGAAGAGCUGGAGGAAUCGGAGGAAGUGAAGACAGAGGGUCUGCUGAGAAGUAGGAAGGCAGUGCUGCCCUCUGAGAUCCGCCGCAGAGAGAGAAGCACCGAAGACCCACGGAGAGGAAGAGGAGAGGAGGAGGUGAGGACGAGGAUGGAGGCUGAGGUGGAUGAUCCUCCAAUGGGAGGACAAAGAGGUCGAUCCAGGUGGAAGGAAGCAGCUGAUCACCCAUCACACGUGGACAACACCCUCCCCUAUGCUGAGAGCAGACCCUUUCAUCGGGAGAAUGCUAUAUAUGUCCAAAAGGGCCCGGUUGCUUGUCAUAUCCAGCCCAAAGCUCCACUUUGCUGUCCACAAAGCUCAGCACUGAUCCCGACUGUGCUGGACUCUGCUGAUCCACGACGACAUCAACACCACCACCACCACCACCACCACCAUCAGGCUCCUCCAGACCCCAGAGAGCCAGACAGUAUCUCUAAUGGAGAGGCCCCCGCCGACCCCCGGGUGUCUGUGGCCCAGCUCAGGCACUCGUACCUGGAGAGCACCAGCACACCUCCCACCCGUCGCAGAGCUGAUCCUGUGAUGGAGGACGCCCUAGUGGUGGACUUCGAUGCCCCGUGGAGAAAGGGAAGAGAGAGGGCUCGUAGGCCGCGCCAGUAUAUUGAUCCAGGGGAGAGUAGAAAGAUCUCAGAGAGGUUUAAAACCCAACCUGUCACUUCUGCUGAACGCCAUAGGUCCUGUGUGAGUUCGGACUUCGCGUCCCAUGAUGCGGACGAAGAGAAGCUGGACGAUCGCGCCAAGCUGAGUGUGGCUGCCAAACGCUCGCUGUUCAGGGAGCUGGAGAGGAGCAUCGACGGCGGCGCGCCCAAACCUCGCUCCAGAAAUGCUGCUGUGGACAGACGACUGAGACGCGCACAAGACCGCUCCAGAACUCAGCCCGUCACCACAGAAGAGGUGGUUAUUGCUGCGACUCUUCAGGCAUCGUCUCAGCAUAGCUCUGCUGCCCGGCAGCACAGGGACACCAAGGUCCCCCAGCAGCCUCGCAGGAUGGAGGAGAAAGACAAAGACCCGGGUCAGGAGGAGCCAGAUCUCUGCACCCUGAGCCUGGCGGAGAAGAUGGCGCUGUUUAACCGUCUGGCUGAGCCCCCCACCAGGGUCACCCACACCAGAGGGUCCCGCCAGCGCAGGAACAACGCUCGCUACCAGACGCAGCCCAUCACUCUGGGCGACAUGGAGCAGCUUCACAAUGGAGCAGCACCUCAGGUUCCUUCCUCCUCUUCGGCUCUGAAAGAAGGAAGCACAGUGUCCACUGACCAUGCGGGCGACAUCCAUAUCACCAGAGCAGCCGCUCAACUCGCUGCCAAUCACCAGGAGUUGUGGCGAUCACUCGACAGUGCGCUUCAGCAGGGAACUCUGCAUCAAGGGGAGGACGGAUCCGAGUUCGGGGCCGGGAAGAGGAAGCUGCCCUCUCCUGAGAGAGCAGUCAGACAGCCGGUGAUGCCCCCGCCCCAGAGCGGGAGGCAGAGGAGGGAGGAGGAGCUCACGGGACGAGCAGAUGAACGGGGCUCAGAGAGGCCGCAGAGGGAGGAGGACCACCACUCAGAGAGGCAGAGGAGCCGCACCAUCAGUGGAGAGCUGCCAGAGCCCAUGGUGCUGACGUCCGGCGUCGCUACAGACUCGCCUGGAAGUCAUCCCCUGACAGCGGACGAGCUGGGACUCCCGGCCGGCCUGGCGCAGCCGGACCAGACCCAAGAGCCGGGCAACAUGGCCGCCCGACACAUGUCCAUCAGAGAGAGAGUGGCGUUGCUGAAGAAGAGCGGGGAGGAGGACUGGAGGAACCGAAUCAACAAGAAGCAGAGCGCGCUGAAGUCUGCCGGGAGCGACCAGCACGUCCAGCUCUGGGAGGUGGAGCAGAGCCUCCAGAAGAAGGACGAUGAAGAACUGAUGAUGAUGAUGAUCGAUGAGUUUGCUGUGUCCGACCAGCUGUGGGAGCCAGGCUUUUCCUCUUCUGUCUCUCUCCCACCUGAACCUCCUUUCCGCCCUUGUUCUCCCGAUGAGUGUGCCAGCCAGCCGGCCAGGCCUCCCAGAUCCAUGCAGGUGGAUGAACGACACCCCUGGAGAAGGAAGAGGAUGGCAGAGGCUGAGAUGGAGGCCCAGAAGUCGGCGGACGCCCACCUGUCCAUCCACGAGAGGAAGCAGCAGAUCGUGGCUCAGGAGGAAGCCUGGAAGACCAAAGGUUACGGAGCUGCCAACGACUCGGUCCAGUUCACGGUGGCCGCUCGCAUGGCCAAGAAAGGGUUGACGAGUACCAGCGCUGUGCAAGCUCCGCUCCCAUCUAAACCCAAGAACAACAGCCUUGCCAUCUCCAAGCCUCAUGAAGAAAUCCGAGCUGUCCCCGACCUGAACCUGGAGUCGGACACCAAGCUGGACAAACUGGAGUCCUUCUUGGGCAAAAUCAACAGUAAAGUGUCAGGACUGCCAGAAGCUACCAUCACAGUCACACAGAAGAAGGUGAAGGAGGUGAUGAGCCUGGAGGACGAAACCUUCUCCAAGUUCUACCGCCAUGUGGAGGAGCUUCCCAUCGCCACCGAUAAGAUGGAGAUCGACGAAGACUUCGACGCCAUCUUCGGAUCCCAGGCGCCGAUGCUCACGUCAGAGAUGGUGCAGCACAAGAGAGCAGUGCGACCCGCCAGAAACGUCCAGGCCUCCAGGAAUCCUCUGAAGAGUCUGGCCGCCAGGGAGGACAUCAGACACGAGUACACGGAGCAGAGACUCAACGUGGGCUUUCUGGAGAGCAAGAGGAUGAAGGCAGAGAAGAUGAACAAGAACUCUGGGUUUUCGGACGUGGCUCUGGCCGGUCUGGCCAGCAAAGAGAACUUCAGCAACGUCAACCUGCGCAGCGUCGACAUCUCUGAGCAAAUGUCCAACAACAGUGCCGUGCCUUACAAAAAACUCAUGCUGCUGCAGGUCAAAGGUCGCCGACACGUCCAGACCAGACUAGUGGAGCCGCGUGCGUCGUCUCUGAACAGCGGCGACUGUUUUCUUCUCGUCACUCCUCACCACUGCUUCAUCUGGACGGGAGAGUUUGCCAACGUUAUCGAGAAGAACAAGGCGUCGGAGUUGGCCAACUUCAUCCAGAGCAAGAGAGAUCUAGGUUGCCGUGCCAACUACGUCCAGGUUAUAGAAGAAGGCGUGAGCACAAGCAGCCAUGCGAGCAAGGAGUUCUGGAAGAUCCUCGGAGGCCAGGCGCCUUAUCAGUCCGCAGGAACGCCGGACGAAGACGAGCUGUACGAGGGCGCCAUCGUGGAGACCAACUGUAUCUACAGACUGAUGGACAACAAGCUGGUGCCGGACGAUGACUACUGGGCUAAGAUGCCUCGCUGUUGCCUGCUCAACCCCAAGGAGGUUCUGGUGUUUGACUUCGGCAGCGAGAUGUACAUCUGGCACGGGAAGGAAGUGACGCUGGCUCAGAGGAAGGUGGCCUUCCAGCUGGCCAAGCAUCUGUGGAACGGCACCUUCGACUACACCAACUGUGACAUCAACCCGCUGGACCCGGGAGAGUGCAACCCACUGAUCCCCAAGAAAGGUCAGGGCCGUCCAGACUGGGCUGUGUUCGGCAGGCUGACUCACCACAAUGAGACCACUCUGUUCAAAGAGAAGUUUGUGGACUGGAGUGACUCCAGGUCCACCCCCAGCCCACCGAGGACCAGCAACAAUCACGUCGCCGACCAGAAGGAGCCUCAGGACCAGCCUCGCGCCUACGACGCCCUGCUGAUGCUGACCCCCCACCAGGCCCCGGUGUGCAGCGUGCUGGACGGCUGCAACGUGGGCCGGGGCUACGGGCUGGUGGAGGGAGAGGAGUGGUGGAGUUACGAGGUCAGCACGCUGGCCGUGGAAGUGUGGCACAUCCUGGAGUUCGACUACAGCCGGCUGCCUCGCCAGAGCAUCGGCCAGUUCCACGAGGGCGACACCUACGUGGUCAAGUGGAAGUACAUGGUCAGCACGGCAGUGGGGAAGAGGCAGAACCCGGAGCAGCAGAGGACCGCCGGGCCAGGCAAGGAGAAGUGCUGCUACUUCUUCUGGCAGGGUCGCAACUCCACCAUCAGUGAGAAAGGAACAUCGGCGCUGAUGACGGUGGAGCUGGACGAGGAGCGAGGAGCUCAGGUUCAAGUCCUGCAGGGGAAGGAGCCGCCAUGUUUCCUCCAGUGCUUCAAGGGAGGGAUGAUCGUUCACGCGGGGAAGAGAGAAGAAGAGGAGGAAGAGAACUCCCAGAACGAUUGGCGCCUCUACUGCGUUCGAGGGGAAGCCGAAGUGGAGAGCCACCUAGUGGAGGUGGCAUGUCACUGCAGCAGCCUGCGCUCCAGAGUCUCCAUGGCCCUGCUGGGCGUCAGCCAGGCCGUCAUCUACCUGUGGCACGGCUGCAAGUCUCAGCCGCACACCCGCCAGGUGGCGCUCACGGCCGCCUCCCACAUCAAAGACCACUGUCCUCUGGAGGCCGGCCUCCACAGCAGCAGCAACGUGACCAUCCUGGAGUGCGAUGAGGGGGCGGAACCUGCAGGCUUCUGGGAGGCGCUGGGGAGGCGAGACAGGAAGGCCUACGACUGCAUGCUGCAGGACCCGGGCAGGUUCAACUUCACUCCUCGACUCUUCCAGCUGAGCAGCAGCUCCGGGGAGUUUGUCGCUGUGGAGUUCCAUUACCCGGCAAGAGACCCCAAGCUGGUCAACUCCAUGCCCUUCCUGCAGGAGGACCUGUAUGCUGCCUCUCAGCCUGCUCUGUUCCUGGUGGACAACCACCAUGAGGUCUACCUGUGGCAGGGCUGGUGGCCCCAGGACAGCGAGAGCACGGGGUCGGCCCAGAUCCGCUGGGACUCGGACAGGAAGUGUGCGAUGGAGACGGUGCUUCAGUACUGCCGAGAAAAGAAUCCCAGAAAACCUCCUAAGGCGUACCUGAUCCACGCGGGCCUGGAGCCGCUGACCUUCACCAACAUGUUCCCCAGCUGGGAGCACAGGGAGGACAUCGCUGAGAUCACCGAGAGGGAGGCCGAGGUGUGUCACCAGAUCAUCCUGGUGGAGGACGUGCUGGCCCGCCUCUGUAAGACCACCUACCCUCUGGCCGACCUGCUGGCCCGCCCGCUGCCUGAGGGGGUUGACCCUCUUCGACUGGAGGUCUACCUGUCGGACGAGGACUUCCAGGGUGCAGGCGCUCACGGAAAGAGAGGUCUGGAGCUGAGCCGAGAGGAGUACGCAGCUCUUCCUGGGUGGAAGCAGGUCAACCUGAAGAAAGCCAAAGGACUUUUUUAGAGCCUCCAGUCCACAGCCAUCGAGCGCCCUGCUCUGCUCUGCUCUUCCUGUAUGUUUGUCUAUUAGAAAUAAUUUAUAUUUGUAACAAGUGUAUAUAGGUGUGUCUGCUUCCUGACUAUCCAGAGAUGAAUCAUCUGUGUGUCGCAGUAUGUCGUCGCUGCUGGGAGCAGAACCUCCUGCGGCGACACGGAAUGUAUUUUAAACCCUGAAAUGUAUAGUGCCUUGCUUUUGUGUACAGUUUCUAUACAGACCGUAGAAGGCUUUUGUCAUAAUAAAUAUACUGAACUAUUAGAGGAAUAAAAGUGAGAUUUAUCUGGUUGUGCUUGACAUUCUUCACUAGAGGGCGCCACAGCACCGAGCACAGCAGAGGAGCCGGUUAAACGGAAUCAAACCAUCGAGCUCUACGUUUUAAGUUCAGCCCUCCAGCAAGAGGAGAGCUGGGAGAGCCACAAUGAGGACAUGAAAGUGGGGAAAAUAAGCGGAAAUAUAUUCCAUUUCAGCGGGUUUAGAUUUCUAUAUUCCUGUUUAUUUUUCAUUUUUAUUUCCAUUCAUAUUUCCACAUUUAUGUCCUUCUCACUUGUGAAUGCUUUGACAUUCAGUUAAAAAAAACGUAUUUCCCAUUAAAUCCGUGAUCCCACUCAAGUGUCACAUGUUCCAGGUGAGUCACAUGACUGGGUCAGUGGCCUUUGUGUCACCUGACACUCGGAGUGCGCCGGAAAUGAUUGACCUGCAUUUAUUUCUUCAACAUGAUCAUAUGGUGUUUUUAGCAUUUGAAAUGUCAUUGAUACCGAAUGAGCCCACCUGGACAGUAGGUGGCAGUCGUGUCCCUUAACUCACUCAUAUGACGCAGAAGA